AAUCUGGAAAAUAGUGUGUACGGUGACUUCAGGGGAUCUCUGAGGGGUUUCGUUUGUGUUUAAACCCAGUUUUCGUUGUUCGGCGAGGAGUUGAAGUGUGGUCUUCGCGCGGAGGAAAGAUGCAAUCACGGGAAGGGGAAAGACGGUAUUCCUGAGAUAUUACAUUUUAAGUUAAAAAACAAGAAAGUUGCACACCAACUCCCAUUAAUACCCACCCCCCAAAAAAUACAAGUGUGGGUGGACGUUUUCAAUGGCGAUUGUGCAAAAAAGAGAGUAGGACCCGGAAGCAGAAGCAGGACUAGCUAGGCUCGUUUUGAGCUGUGCCUAUGGGAUUGAAGUCGGUAAUGGAAGAUGUAAAUGUGAGAGAUGGGGGAGACGUGCUGGUGUCCAGCGAGGAUGAAGAGGCGGUCGGGAGCCAAGAGGAGAUGGAACGUGGCCCGGAUAGGAUUGGAAUGGAGAAUGUUGCAGCUGGCCCUGAGGACAAUGGGCAGCGUUCCGCCCGGCUCGCGCCUGCCACUGAACCCUGGCACCAGCAGCACGUUUACUGCACCGUGUAUUAUGUGGAGAAUGAGAACUACCACAGCUCAGCGCUGGAAGCUGAGGCAGAGGAGCAGAGCAACCAGCCCUCUGACUCGGGCCGAACCACACCGACUGAUCUCGGCAGACAGACGGAUUGGGAUACCGCCCCGUCCCUGACACCGGUGACUUCAGAGCCUUCCGAUCGGGAACCUUUUAGCAUCUCCCGGCAGGUCGACAUUCAGUCGGCGGGGAACCCUUAUGCUGGAGAGUAUGAACACUUUAUUAUUUUGACCUGUCGCGUUUGCUUGGAUGACAAACCCAUCCGACCACUUUCAUGUUGCAAGAAAGCUGUUUGCGAGGAGUGUUUGAAGAGGUAUCUUAGUAAUCAGGUGCAGCUGGGAAGAGCAGAGAUAAAAUGCCCCAUUACAGAAUGCAGCAAAUACUUGGAUGAAAGCACUGUCAUCUCCAAUCUGCCUCAUGAUGAUAUUGUCAAAUACAGCUACUUUCUGGAGCUUAGCAGAGUGGAUUCAAGCACCAAACCUUGUCCACAAUGCAAGCAUUUCACUACUUUCAGACGGAAGAGCAACAUUCCAACCCCAACAAAAUCAGAGAACAAGUUCAAAAUUCAGUGUCCAAAGUGCCAAUUUGUUUGGUGCUUUAAGUGCCAUGCCCCUUGGCAUGAAGGAUUAAACUGCAAAGAAUACAGAAAGGGAGAUAAACUGUUACGUCACUGGGCUAGUGAGAUUGAACAUGGACAAAGAAAUGCUCAAAAAUGCCCAAAAUGCAAGAUUCAUAUCCAGAGGACAGAAGGCUGUGAUCACAUGAACUGCUCACAGUGCAACACUAACUUUUGCUACCGUUGUGGGGAGACCUAUCGGCAGCUUCGUUUCUUUGGUGACCAUACUUCAAACCUAAGUAUUUUUGGAUGCAAGUAUCGCUACCUCCCUGACAGGCCACAUUUACGAAGAUUAGUCCGGGGUUCUGUCUGUGCUGGAAAGUUACUUAUAGCUCCUUUGAUGCUGGUGUUGGUGGUGGUACUAGGAGCCAUAACAUUUGUAGUAGGCUUGUUUAUCUUUCCUAUCUAUUACAUUUGUAAGAAGCAAAGGAAAAGGUCACAGACUGGUAUGUUUACAUAAACAAAAACGAGCCUUGUUUACGUGGGAAACGAUGGAUGUGUCAGGGACCUCUCCGAACUCCGCAGUGAGAAGCAAUAGCAUGUAAUUAACAUCCAAGUACUGAACAGACUUGACACUGGGAAUGGUGUCAUGAAUUAUUUCUUGGCCAUAUUACUAAGUAGUACAAAUUCUUGGAAUUAUUUCCAAAGACUUGGCUUCAAGCACUGUGACGUACAACUCAAGAAAGAAGAAACUAAUCAGACUCUCUUAUUUUUAUUGACGAAUCUAUCGAUCGCCGCUGGAGAUAGGAGUCUCUCUCUUCCAUUUUGCACAUGUUAGGAAUACUCAGCUAUAAUCAUGGACGAUGUGGAUCUUUGGCAAUGUUUGCACUCUUGCAUUGUCCUAACACUCUCUUGAGCCUCAGUUUCUGAAAAGAAUUUUUCCCUGUAUAGUGUGAUAUUCCUGUUCCUUUCUCAAGGAAAAUUAUAUCAUCUCAAGGGAUACCAAUGUGCCAUGAAAUGCCAUGUCAUUAAGAUCUAAUCUAAUUGUAUAUUUAUACACAACCCUUCCAGCACUUAACAUUUGUGAGAAGGCAAUUUUAAUUCAGCUGAAGGGACUAGAAAUAAACUGGGGUAUUGGAGAAUACUGUCCAAGUUGUCUCUGAACUGGCCUAAACAAUAACCAGACUUGAUAUUUAAAAUUCUGGAGUCACAAUAAAAAGCUGGACUCUGACUUUUAGCUAGAAUAACACAUAUAGGCAUGCUUUACUUUGGGAGUGGAAUGUAUUGGAAUCAAGUCAAAACUAACCGGCUGUGAAAGUGUGAACAUGCAGAAGAAAUUUGGUUCAUGCACGUGCAAGCUCUUUUUGUUAAUGGGGCAUAAACAUUAAGCUGAAGAAAAUGUGUAAGGUAUGAAAGAAAAUUAGAAUUUGGCCUUGGGGGUUGACACUUCAGUGCCCACCAUUCAUAGAGGGCUCAGGUAUCUCCAUGUGCUGCUGCUUCAAGCACACCCGAGAAGGUAGGUAGGCAGUCAGUCAGACUGAGCAGCACUCCUAUCCUCAUACCGUCUGGAUGUGUGGAUGGAUGGUUGGCUUGGUCACAUAAAAGCAAAUAUUUGCAAUUUACAUAUCAGUUUGCACAAUUCACAUGACUGGCAAGGAGCUUGGUUUCACUUGAUUUCCAAUCAUGACUAAUUGCUAGGAUAAUGGAAGUGAAAAACAUUCUAAGAUAAUAUCUGGCAAUCACCUUUCACUUGCUUGAAAUCCACCUAAUAACAUUAAAUAAUGCUAUCUAAAAGUAAUUUUUAGUGCCUUAUUCACAAUUUUGUUUUGAGAGGAGAGUUUUUCUGCUGCUAAACAGCCUUGCUAGAUAAGAUGUAGUUCAAUGCUAAUUCUGUAGGUUAAGAUGGGUCACUUGAUAGUCCAAGCAUAUUUUAAAGAGAAGCUAUCUUAACAGCGACAAAUAUUACAGAAAAAUUCAAAGCAGUUGUGUGGGACAAUUUUGUGGUUUUGCUCGAAAUGUUUCUUCAUUGUUACAUUUUACUGUCAUAGUCAAGAAACAUAUUGAAUUGUGAAUUGACUUCUAUACCCUGCUCAUUAAAAGUAAAAAAUCAGGUGAAGAAAGACCAUUUAAUUCCAAAGCCUCCACUGGAGAAUGAUCUCACCUGCUUGUAACUUACUAAAAGGUUUUACCUGCACCAUCUGAAAGCUAACCAAAAUGGAUGGCUAGAAAUGCUGACUAUGACACACAUGUUGAAAACCCCUCAGUGGUUUCCUGAUUGACUGCUGUCAGUGGGUAGAAAGUUUCUGGAAACCUUAUUUAAAUGGAUUUUCCACCAAGAUUACAGCAGCAAAGCAAUGAAAACUUCCAAACAGAUUCCUGUGGGACUCUUUAAUUGGAUUUACUUCUAACACAAAUCAUUCCAAAUCUGACUUAGCUUGUACAAAUAUAGUAUAUUGGAAAAUGAUAUCUUGAACAGUGCAGAAAGAAAAUUUAAAAUUUUUGCAAUUUGGACAGUCAACUGGAAUUUUUUUGAUCCAUGAAGGAACCAAUUUAGUGAGACCACAGCCCACAAUGAUGAUUUGUAAAAUACUACUUUAAAUCAGUAGCAUUCUGCCUAGGUUAUUCUUUAUUUGUUCCAUUGCCAUUUUUGUUUCAGUAACAACAUUUUUGAUUUUAUUUCAAAUGAUUAUUGGGAUUAACUGUAUGAGUAAACUUUGUAACUGGACAGAUGUACUGAGUUUAUUAAUUAAGUAAACGAACACAGGUAACAUUUUUCUGUUUCUAAAUAACAGUAUUGUCCUUUUUUUUAAAAAAAUGGUUUCUGUUUGUAAGUAUCAAUGGAUAAUUCAUCACCAAAACAUGUGCCUUUUUAUUUGAUGUAGCCUCUUUAAAAUUUAUCUUUUCAGUAAGUUUCAACAUGGUUACAAAUACUCAAUGAUCCACAAAGAUGUUUUUUUUUUAUGCCAAUUUAAUUGCUUAAUUCUCAUUCCCUAUUCCCACUCAUCCCUCGCAGGAAAGAGGAAGGAAAAUUUGAGUCCAGAGGUACUUUGCACUUGCAGUAAAUGUUUAUUGAUUGAUCUGCCAAUUGUAGGGUCCUGCUGGUCAGGAUCAAAAAAAAACAUAAACAAUUAUACUUUUACAAUAUAGUUCCACUGUGGAUUGUGCUGAGAAGAUGUAUUUAAGCUUUUUCACUUUAAUUUUAUGUUUUAGUUUAAGCAAGAGAUGUAGCUGUUUAUUCAAUGACAUUGUUGCAGCCAAUUCCAUUAAAAAAGCUUAAUCAGAUUAGUAAAAGAAAUAAAUAAUACAUCCUAUGUAAAUGUAUCUGAUUAAUGACACAUCUGCAUUCAUAGACUAAAAGUAAGACCUUAGGUAUUUCAAGUGACUUGUGACUGGACCACAAACAACUAGCAGUGCAAAAACAAUAGCUGAAAUAAUGUGACUAAGUAUGUCAAAUGUACUAUUCCAAUGAAGAAUAAA